CUCCUCCUCCUCCCUCCUCCUUGUGUCCAUAAGAAGAUAGAUGAGGAACAGGAGGCCAACCUGCUGGCGGUGCUGACGGAGACCCUGGACUCUCUCCCCGUGGACGUGGACGACGAAGGGCUGCCCCUCACCCUGCCAUCGUUUGAGGUGCUGUCCGAGGGCCAGGUGCCCCAGAUGCCCCAGGGGCCCCGCGCCACGCACCACAGCUGCCCCUCCAGCCCCGCGGGGUCGCCCCACUCCCCCGAGCCAGAGGAGCCCUCCCUGUUGAAGAAGCUGCUGUUGGCUCCUCCUGCAAACUCACAGAUCAGCUCCAGCCAGCACCCUCCAGGCCACGCCCCCCACCAUGCCCUCAACCAGAGACACCGACACACACACACACCUCUUAAGGUGGAGCAGCCGUGGUUGGGCAAGCGGGGGUGUGACUCUCUGAGGCGGCCGUGCACUGAGCUGCUCAAGUACCUGACGACCGGCGGCACCUCCGAGCCCCUCCCCCCGGCAACCGUUGCUAAGGAGACAGGAGGCGUGGCCUUCUCCUGCUCGUCCUCCUCGUCUCCCUCCUCCCUCUCCACCUCCUCCAGCUGCUCCUCCUCUUCCUCUUCCUGCAAGAAGAAGUCUUCCUCCUCCUCCUCCUCCUCCUGCUCCGCCUCCUUCUCUCCGUCUGGCCACGCCCACCUGCUGCCCCAGAGAGCCACACCAAGCACCCUGACACUCCCUUUGACCCCAGAGUCUCCAACUGGCACGGGAUCUCCGCCUGAGAGCAAAGCCAUUGAACGCACACUAAGUGUGGAGAUCUCUGGAACCCCAGGUCUAACACCACCCACCACACCUCCUCACAAACCCCACCUAGAGAGUCCCUUCCCUCCCUCCGCCCUUCCUCCGCCCCCGAUGCCGAGUGCCCCACCCCCCCCUGCAGCAGUCCUGGGGGUCCCGGGCCCCCCCCCCCCGCGCCGCCCCCCCCAGCAGACGGAGCUGUACGCACAGCUGCGCAAGGAGGAGCGCCACCGGGUCCCCCCCAAGCGACCCGCCCCCCGCGCCCCCCGUGCCUACGGUGACCACGACUACUGCCAGGCCGCCGGCACAAAGCUGCGGGGCGCUGCCACGGUUGCCAUGGCGACGGCGGCAGCACCCCUAAGCAAGUACGGGCGAAUGGAAUGUACAGACUUGACUCCGCCCCCCCCAGUCCCCACCAGGAACCGAUCCGACCCCCCCUCCGCCCGCCCCCCCCUCACCACCAGCAGGACCCCCCCCACACCCCUCAGGGAUCAACAGAUUUGCGCCGAGCUGGACAGGCACUUCGGCCGGCGGCCCCCCCCCUCCCUGCAGGCCCCCCCCACCAAGCACCAGGCGGCACGGAGCGAGGAGGAGGAGGAGGAUGAAGAGGAUGAAGAGGGGGUGCUGACGGGCGUGGAGGAGGGGGACUGUGAGCUGGGGGGGUACGGGGGUGGUCUGGGGGGGGGGUUGGCGGAGCUCUUUCCCUGGGAGGGUGACGGUCGGCUGGACCUGCCGCUCGAGUGCUCCCCCCCCCACACCUCCCUCUUCCUCUCCCCCCUACGCAGAGGCUCACGAUCCCGAUCGCCACACACACACACCUUCUCAUGGUAGGUCACCUUUACGUGUGUGUGUGUGUGUGUGUGAGUGUGUGUGUGAGUGUGUGUGUGUGUGAGUG